CUUUCACUCGAACGCCAAACCGCUACGAGUUCAUAGCCGGGGACUGUGUUUCUGGCGAGCGAGUCCUCUUGAAUCGAUCUAGACAAACCACAAAAGAGAAACGAAGACUUCGCACAUUGAGAUUGAAAGAAAUUCUGUUCUUCAUCUCAGAAUUUUAGUCGAGAAGAUGCUGUCGGAGUUGAUAUUUAGAGGCCACGACGAAACCCAGCAUACGACUGACUCCUACUCGCCGAAGCCGUCCAAGCGAUGGCUUUCCAUCACUCGCCCGAUUCGCUACAUGCUUCGUGAACAACGUCUCGUCUUUGUCCUCGUCGGCAUUGUUAUGGCCACCCUUUUCUUUACCGUCCUUCCUUCCUCUUCCAGAGCCCCAUAUGUGCAGCAUCACAAACAGAAGCCGAUCUCUGAUUCGCUGGCUCACUUCUCUCAUGAGUCGGUGCCAGCGAGAUACAAAUUCUACGAACCUCAUGGGGCCGGGUUCGGGUCAGUAAAUUCGGGCGGGAAGAUCCCGCUGGGGCUAAAACGGAAGGGUUUGAGAAUAGUGGUGACCGGUGGGGCUGGGUUCGUUGGGUCACACUUGGUGGACCGUUUGAUCGAAAGAGGUGACAGCGUGAUCGUGGUGGACAAUUUCUUCACAGGAAGGAAAGAGAACGUGAUGCACCACUUCAAAAACCCGAGAUUUGAGCUCAUAAGGCACGACGUCGUAGAGCCCCUGUUGCUGGAAGUGGACCAGAUCUAUCACCUUGCUUGCCCGGCAUCGCCCGUGCAUUACAAGCACAACCCGGUCAAGACCAUAAAGACCAAUGUGGUGGGGACAUUGAACAUGCUAGGGUUGGCGAAGAGGGUCGGUGCGAGGUUUCUGCUCACCAGCACCAGCGAGGUCUACGGUGAUCCUCUCCAGCACCCGCAGGUCGAGACUUACUGGGGCAACGUCAAUCCCAUCGGUGUCCGAAGUUGUUACGACGAGGGAAAGAGGACGGCUGAGACGUUAACAAUGGAUUACCACAGGGGAGCAGGCGUCGAGGUCAGGAUUGCAAGAAUUUUCAAUACCUAUGGUCCCCGAAUGUGCAUCGACGACGGCCGUGUUGUUAGUAAUUUUGUUGCUCAGGCAUUAAGGAAGGAGCCCUUGACUGUUUAUGGUGAUGGGAAGCAGACAAGGAGUUUCCAAUAUGUUUCUGAUUUGGUUGAAGGUCUGAUGCGCCUUAUGGAAGGGGAACAUGUGGGACCUUUCAAUCUUGGUAAUCCUGGUGAAUUCACCAUGCUUGAGCUUGCUCAGGUGGUCCAAGAAACCAUAGACCCAAAUGCAAAGAUAGAGUUCAGGCCUAACACAGAAGAUGACCCACACAAGAGGAAGCCUGAUAUUACAAAGGCAAAAGAUCUGCUUGGUUGGGAGCCGAAGGUAUCCCUUCGGAAGGGUCUGCCACUAAUGGUCUCAGAUUUCCAGCAACGCAUCUUUGGUGACCACAAGGAAGAUAGCACCACCAGCAUUGUGUCAACAGCUUAAAUUGGCACUUUUUUUCUUGAGCAGCGGCAGCAAUAUAAUUAUUUGGUGGAUAACCAACUUAUCGUUGCCUUCAUCAUACGGUUACGCGGCAACAACAGUGGCAGCAAAGAAGUCCGUUAUUCUAUGAGGAAUGAACUUGGAGGUGUUCCUUUCGCAUUUAUUUCACAGUCAGCUUCAUAAUCUCCAUGUCUUUUUUUUUUUUUCGCUUGUAAUUUCUCUUUGAAGGAUAUUAGACAGCCAGCAGCCUUGCAAUUAAAGUCACUUUAAACUUUGAAGCAAUUGAUAUAUGUAGCAGCAUCAGCAACGGCUUCCAUUGUAUUAGUUUUGUUACAUUUACGACGCUCAUCUUCAUAUAUAAAACAGAAUCUUCCGUUCUUCAA